AUGAAGCCGCCAUCCGGCAGCCUUGUCCGGGCCGGCUGCCGCCGCGCCUGCACGGAGCGAGCCCCGCGCUCCUCCCGCCCGGCGGCACCGCUCUCCCGCCCCAUCCCCGUCCCUAUCCGGGCUCCCGGCAGCGCUGUCCCCGCCCCGCAGCGCCUGCGCCCAGCGCCGCUUCCUGGUGGCGGCGGGGGCCGGGGCCGCCACCGGCAGGCCAGCGCCAACCUGCUCGUCUUCAUCCUGCUGCUCACCCUCACCAUCCUCACCAUCUGGCUCUUCAAGCACCGCCGCGCCCGCUUCCUCCAUGAGACCGGCCUGGCCAUGAUCUACGGUGUCCUGGUCGGCGUGGUCCUGCGCUACGGCAUCCACGUCCCCAGCGACGUCAACAACGUGACGCUGAGCUGCCAAGUGCAGACCAGUCCCGCCACGCUGCUGGUGAACGUCAGCGGAAAGUACUACGAGUACACCCUGAAGGGGGAAAUCAGUGCCCAGGAACUCAAUAAUGUCCAGGAUAACGAGAUGCUGAGGAAGGUGACUUUUGAUCCUGAAGUAUUUUUCAACAUUUUGCUUCCUCCAAUUAUAUUUUAUGCAGGCUACAGCUUGAAAAGGAGGCACUUCUUCAGAAACUUGGGAUCCAUCCUAGCAUACGCUUUUCUCGGCACUGCAAUUUCCUGCCUGGUGAUCGGCUCUGUCGUGUAUGGCUGCGUGGCGCUGAUGAAAGUCACUGGGCAGCUCGGGGGAGACUUCUACUUCACUGACUGCCUCCUAUUCGGUGCCAUCGUGUCGGCUACUGACCCAGUGACUGUUCUUGCCAUAUUCCAUGAACUCCAGGUUGAUGUUGAGCUGUAUGCCCUUCUCUUUGGCGAAAGCGUCCUCAAUGAUGCCGUUGCCAUAGUGCUGUCUUCUUCAAUUGUUGCGUACCAGCCGGCGGGCGACAACAGCCACACAUUUGAUGUCACAGCGAUGUUCAAGUCCAUCGGGAUCUUCCUGGGGAUAUUCAGUGGAUCUUUUGCAAUGGGAGCAGCUACUGGAGUUGUGACAGCUUUAGUCACCAAGUUCACCAAACUUCGGGAGUUCCCGUUGCUGGAGACUGGCUUGUUCUUCCUGAUGUCCUGGAGCACGUUCCUGCUGGCCGAAGCGUGUGGCUUUACAGGUGUGGUGGCCGUACUCUUCUGUGGGAUCACGCAGGCCCAUUAUACCUAUAACAACUUAUCUACAGAGUCUCAACACAGAACUAAGCAGUUGUUUGAGCUUCUGAAUUUCUUGGCAGAAAACUUCAUCUUCUCAUACAUGGGACUUGCACUGUUCACCUUCCAGAACCACGUCUUUAACCCUACCUUUGUGGUGGGGGCUUUUCUUGCUAUCUUCCUAGGAAGAGCUGCCAAUAUUUACCCACUGUCAUUUUUACUGAAUUUGGGGAGAAGAAAUAAGAUCGGAACAAAUUUACAGCAUAUGAUGAUGUUUGCUGGGCUGCGAGGAGCCAUGGCUUUCGCCUUGGCCAUCCGCGACACGGCCACCUACGCCCGGCAGAUGAUGUUCAGCACGACGCUCCUCAUCGUCUUCUUUACGGUGUGGGUUUUCGGCGGGGGCACCACGGCCAUGCUGUCCUGCCUGAAUAUUCGAGUCGGUGUGGAUGCGGAUCAGGAGAACGUGGGCGUCCCGGAGAGCGAGAGGAGGAGUACGAAGGCAGAAAGCGCCUGGCUCUUCCGCAUGUGGUACAACUUCGAUCACAACUAUCUAAAGCCUCUGCUGACACACAGCGGUCCUCCUCUGACGACCACGCUCCCGGGGUGCUGUGGGCCUAUUGCCCGGUGCCUGACGAGUCCGCAGGCGUACGAAAAUCAAGAGCAGCUAAAGGAUGAUGACUCCGACCUCAUUUUGAACGACGGGGACAUCAGUCUGACCUACGGGGAUUCCACCGUCAACACCGACUCUGUCGCAUCCAGCGGCACGUCGCGGCGGUUCGUGGGAAACAACUCUGAAGACGCGCUCGAUCGGGAGCUUGCUUUUGGGGACCAUGAACUCGUAAUCCGGGGAACACGCCUGGUCCUUCCCAUGGACGAUUCGGAGCCACCGUCAAACAUCCUGGAUAACGCAAGACAUGGUCCAGCAUAAGGUUGCUCAGUUUAAUUGACAGUAAUAUUUGCAUAUAUGAUCAAGAAAUAUGUACUACCUAAAGUCUAAUGCAUGUCUCAAAAUGUCUAAGCUGUAUAAAUAUUAUUUAUAUGGUGUCAGAAGAAUAUAAAUAUUCUCUGCCAAGCACUUGUAAAGAACAAGCUGCAAGUUUAAGUUAAAAACUGUGUUGACUGCACUGUGUAGGGUGGAACUGUUUUAGCGUAAGAGUCUUUUGCACACAGUGAGCUUCUUUAAUGUGUGAUUUGACGAAGGAUUUAGUUCCCAGCGGGGUAAGUAAAGGAGCUGACGCCCUGUUCAUCACUUGAUCCUGGGAGAGGAGGGUAGGGAGGUGCUGACGAGCAGUGGAAAUCGCUUUCUAUUCAGAUGAGGAUUGUUUUGUUUUUUUGUUUUUUUUUUUUAGUCACUGAUCUUUGGAUAGUCAGGUUUGAAAUAUCAGUGAAAAAUCUGCCCACAGACCCUCUUGCCAGACAGUGGCCGGUGAUAAACUUGUUGGCUUUGUGGGAACCUGAGCUGGGACCUGGAGACUUUCUGUUUUUUAGUGACCCUCUGCCCAAGCCCUGCUUUAGCGGGCUAACGGCAGGCACCGGCCAAAGCUGAUAGCAAGGACUGCGGGUGUCUGGCUGCUCGGAUGGGAGCAGGAGGGAGGGACGGUCUGUGUCUGUAGUCAUGUUUAGGAGAAGGAGGUGAUCCCACAGAAGCCACUGCCAGGCGUGCACAGAUUUUUAGGGCUGAGUCCCUCUUUCAGUUGUGGCUCAAGCAGCUUUCUAGAGCCAGCCAUCAAAUCCUCAACUGGCAACUAGAUUUCACGUUUGGGAAGCAACCGUGUCUUGGUGCGAGCGAAUCCCUUCUCCCGCAGUCACAGACGUAGCUAAGAUGUGCAGAGCUGCCGCAGUUGCACAGGGGGCCGUGGAGCCCAGCCAACCUCGAACACAAGCUUUACGGCUACAGAUUGACAUGGUACCUCCGGACCUCUCCAGAGGUAUUGAGCAUCUAGGUGGUACUGAAGGGGAGUUGUCCGUCCGUCCUCCUGUAUAGUCAAAAAUCAUUGCACUUUGUUUAAUAACUCCUUAGCAUGCUGUGUGUCUGUAAUCCCCACCCCAUCUCUCCCAUGUCUUUUACCAUUUAACGAGAAAUGUUUGCGAGUUGAUUUUUUUAAAUUUUUUUUUCUUUUUAAUUUUCCAAGGAAGAGCACAGAACAAUUUGCGAUUUCACACUAGUGUUAAAGGAUUUACUCUGUAGUUAUGGGAAUGGCUAAACGUGCAGUGAAAUUGUUAACCCUGACAUCCUUCUUUUUCUCCUGAAGAGGGGGAAUCGCAGAAAUUUACUGUAUGUAAUUUUAUUGUCUAUUUUAGCUGCAGUUUUGCUAUACAAACCUUUCAGGGUUACCGGUGCACUACAGGCCCGUUCUGGAGUUAACCCUCUCCAGAGGGCUUAAAGAGAGGUGUUUAAAAAGAGAAUGUAUGAAAAAGAGCUGGGUGAGUCUGAGCACUCACAGGUCCUGUUAGCUUUCCUUGGAACGAACUCUGCAUCUCUCAGGAUCCGACCCUGAGAGCUCAGAGCAGUUUCCCCAUGGCUGUUUUCCCCAGCACCACCUGAGAGUUGGAGGAGGCAGGAAAUACUGAAAUUUUGAGUGUAUAUGUAUAGUUGAGAAAAUAAAUUUAAACCUUUUUCUUUUUUUUCCAUUUUCUCAGGUCUAAGUAACAUUGCCUUAAAUUUACGGAUGUGAAACUAAUUAUUUUGGCAGUUUAUCCCCAAGAAAAUGCUUUCUUUUUCCUUCUGAACAAAAUGUGUAAGUGUUGCCAUAGGACUCCUCUAGAAGGGGGGGAACACUCUGUUUGUAUUUAGAUAGGGCAUCUUCCUUGCACCGGUAAAUGGCAGUCUCGCUGUUAACAUAGCUGUUGGAUUAGCGCUAGCCUCUUUGUUUCCUGCUAUGCAGGAAUUCCAUAAAGUGUGCAUUUUAUAUGAUGUCUAACUUAACUUCAUGUGUUUAAAAAAACAAAAAAGGAAAAAAAAAAAGGUACCUGUUGACUUUAGGUUACGGCAUCACUUCUACAUCCUGUUUUUUGUUUGUUUUGCCUUUUUGAAGAGGUAUGAUAAAUAACUACCUCUUGUUUUUUCCUGUAUAAUCUGACUAUGAAUUCAAUUUACAAAGCUGGCGUUGGUGCAACCAGAGGUGCAGAACAGUUCUGCUCCCCCUGAACGCCCGUGGUCCCAUCGGCAGGCCCUGUGUGCGGCACAGUGUAAGGGCAGCGCAGGGCUCCCUCCCAGGCAAUCCUCAGCUGAGGUGCAAAUUUGCAGCCGAGCGCUGCGAGAUGGCCACAGCGUAACGUUUUAGCAUAGCCUUGGUAGCAUUCCUCUCUUUCUCUGACCCUUAGAUUUCAAGAAUUUAUCCACUCUCUUUAAGCUUGCCAACACAUUAGCAUAAGCCUCAGCUUUUGAUGCCAGUGACAGUUUGGUUAGUACACUAAAAAAAAAGAAAGAGUUAACGAAUAAUGAUUUUGUGGGUUACCUGUGAACUCUUAUGAUCCAUACAUAAUAUAACCAGGAUUGUGUUGAAUAGUCUUGGCGAAUGAAUGAAUCUAAGCUGAAAUUCAGGAGUGAUUUAAUAAAUGACUCAGAUUCAUCCUCAGCUGAUUAUUUUUUUUGUCCUGCUGCAGCAGAGAAUACAUGAGUGCCCGGUGUUCAGAUGCAGAGCCCUGAUGGUUUGCAUGCUGCAGAUGAAGUUAAGGGUACCUUGGAGAAUCAGGCCCCAACACCUUUCGCCCAAUAGAUAAGACAGCCCCAAGGAGGCAGUUUACAGCUCCCGUGAAGAUUUAGAGAAGGUGCCCUUCUUCUGUAAAUUGAAUUUUCAUGGUUUUUGCACAUGAAAAAGCACUGUAGGUAAAGUUAUGAUUUGUACUGGUACUGUCGAUUUGUGUGGUAAUGGCAUUAACUCCGUAGUUGUGGUGUUUGUGCAGCUGAUCUGUGAUAGCUGAUGAUCACUAUUGGACCUUCUGUUUACACUGACUAAAUCCUUUAGUGUUGCGUUGUACUGUGAAAGAAGGAUUAUGGGCCUAUACAAGUUUUUUUGGUUUUUUUUUUUCCUGGAAUUGUGUGUACCGUUUCAUUAAUUCACACGGAAAUAAAUCUGUAGCAAAGUGACGACGUGCC